CCAUCUAUUGUGCAAUAACUUUCUCGUUUCUCUUAAAGAAAUGAUUUAAAAUGCUUCAAGAGUCCAGUUCAUUCGGAGACAACGAUGGCGUUGAUGGCACUCAAUUCCCCAGGAAAAACGAGAUUUAAAUCCAAAAGGUCGAAAAUAAACAAAACGGAUCAUACAUAAGACAGCCUUUUCCGAGCCUUAUAAAUACACGGAAUGAAUUCAUGCUGCCAGUUCAUGUUUCUGCGACUCUUAUUUAUGUCUCUCAGUCAUUUUCUCGAACACUGACAGCUACCAGAUCUCUCCUCGAAACUGUGAUGCUCAAAGCAAGCGAAAGCUCCAUAAGUCGUGAUUAUAAUUCUUGAAAUGCUUCUCCGCUUUAGUUUUGCACUCUGAUUAAUUAGUUCUGGUAGUGGAAGUUCGAUCUGAUUUGGAGAUGGACGGCAAUGAUGGGACGGUGAGAUUGGGGGCUUUGAACAUGAGGCCGGAUCGGAACGGCUUUGAUUCGGGCCCGGAUGUCUCUGUUUCAUCGCCGGUGACGAGACAGAAAUCUGCUGCGGCAAAACAGUUUAUAGAGAACCAUUACAAGAAUUACUUGCAAGGAUUGCACGAGCGUAAAGAGAGGCGUCAAGCACUUGAAAGGAAAGUACAGGAAGCUCAGAUAUCUAAUGAGGAACAAGAAGUGAUGCUGAGGAAUUUGGAGCGCAGAGAAACUGAGUAUAUGAGGUUGCAAAGACGUAAAGUUGGAAUUGAUGACUUUGAACAGUUGACGGUCAUUGGUAAAGGUGCAUUUGGAGAGGUUAGACUAUGUCGUGCUAAGGGUACUGGAGAGAUUUUUGCCAUGAAGAAGUUGAAGAAAUCAGAGAUGCUUAGCCGUGGACAGGUUGAGCAUGUUCGAUCGGAGAGGAACUUACUUGCAGAAGUUGACAGUCGAUGCAUCGUAAAACUUUUCUACUCUUUUCAAGAUUCUGAUUUUCUAUACCUUAUAAUGGAGUACUUACCUGGUGGUGACAUUAUGACACUACUGAUGAGAGAAGAUAUUCUCUCUGAAGAUGUUGCUCGUUUUUACAUAGCAGAGAGCAUUCUAGCUAUCCACUCAAUUCAUCAGCACAGUUAUAUACACAGGGACAUAAAACCAGAUAACCUCAUUCUGGAUAAGAACGGCCAUUUGAAGCUUUCAGAUUUUGGGUUGUGUAAGCCCCUGGAUGAUAAGUAUUCAACAAUUUUCCUGGAAAAUGAAGAUAUGACUACCCAGGAAUCGACAGUCGAAAUUGAAGGACAUGCUGGAAGUGAUAAAGCCCCUUGGAUGAUGCCAAAAGAGCAGCUACAGAAAUGGAAACGUAAUCGCCGUGCACUGGCUUAUUCAACUGUUGGGACUCUUGAUUAUAUGGCACCUGAAGUGUUGCUAAAAAAGGGGUAUGGGAUGGAGUGUGAUUGGUGGUCCCUUGGGGCAAUCAUGUAUGAGAUGCUCAUUGGCUAUCCUCCAUUCUGUUCCGAUGAUCCAAGAAUGACCUGCCGCAAGAUAGUCAAUUGGAGAGCUUGCUUGAAAUUUCCUGAGGAACCAAAGAUAUCUGCUGAAGCUAGGGAUCUAAUUUGCCACUUUCUCUGUGAUGUCGAGACAAGGCUGGGCACCAGAGGAGUUGACGAAUUAAAGGCACAUCCAUGGUUCAGACGUAUUCAGUGGGACAAGUUGUAUGAAACGGAAGCUGCAUAUACGCCUAAAGUCAGCGGAGACUUGGACACUCAGAAUUUUGAGAAGUUUCCUGAUGUGGAAGGUCCACCAUCCACUGCACCAACAGUCGGACCUUGGAGGAAGAUGUUGACAUCAAAAGAUACCAAUUUCAUAGGAUACACUUUUAGGAAAUCAGACAUCUUUAACUCACUGGAAAGUCCAGGUACAGACUUGAGAUCAAAUGGACCUUCAAAGGCGCCAUCUUUAAUUUCGUUACUAGGUCGUAUUGACCUGCAAGAACAACCUGUGAUAUCAGAAGGUGAGCAGAAGCUGGAAACUCAAAUUUAGCACUUCCACUGGAAUAGGUCAUCUGAUUUGUUUCGUUACAACAAUCUGCUGCCAAAGAAUUAUACAAGACUGGAUUUUAGAUGAAUUUCUCUCCGACGACAAGAAUAAGGUCAGCCUAAGAGUUGUUGUUGCCUCUAGAAUUCUUUGUUUCGUCUCUGAGAAACGAUGUAUGUGUGACAAUUUUAAAGCCAUAAUAUUUUCGAAUGUAGAUUUAAGGAGAGUUUAAUUGAAAUGAGUGUAAACUCUUUAUGGAUGAUUUUGAAAAUAAUAUACAAAAUUUUCUCACA